UGGACCCGGUGUCCCCCUGUAAUGUAUGCGUCUUAAACGGCGCGAUAAUAUACAUAUUUUUAUUACUAAAUAAUUAUUAUUUUUAACUUAAAUUUGUGUCACACAGGUAAAAAUAUUUUUAAAUAUUUACCCUUUACUUUCAUUUAAUCGACCCUUAGUCAUCAUUUUAAUCAAUUUAAUCAACACAAAAACACGUGUAUCUCAUAGGUGGAAAUUGAUUAAAUUAUAAAAUGGAAACAGCUGAAAUGGAAGAUAGUUUUAAUGAACACAAGGAGUAUGAUACAAUGGAUCAUGACAUCCAGGAUAUGAAAAGAAAAACUAGUAUUUUUAAAUUUUACUCAAUGAAAUCAAUUGAUUCAAUGUCACUUGGAGGAAGAAAGUCUGGACCUCUUGUUGGUGUCAUUGAUGUUGGAACAAGGACAGUAAGAUUUGCUUUGUUUAAUGCUAAAAGAGUGGCUGAAGUUGUAUCACACUCGAUUGAUAUUGAAUCAUCAAAUCCACAAGAGGGAUGGGUUGAACAGGAUCCAAAAGAAAUAUUGUUUGCAGUUAAAGCUUGUAUUAAAGAUGUCAUUAAACAGAUGGAUGAUCUUGAUUUACAAGUUGAAAAUAUUGCAACAAUUGGAUUAACUAAUGCUAGAGAAACAACAAUUGCAUGGGAUGCAUUGACUGGUGAUCCUCUGUACAAUGCAAUAAUUUGGUCUGAUAUUAGAACUGAAAAAAUGGUUGAUCAAAUAAUAGCUAAAUUUCCAGAUCAAAGUAAGAAUCAUUUAAAGCCACUUUGUGGUUUACCAGUUAGUCCAUAUUUUUCAGCUUUAAAAAUUAGAUGGCUCAAGUAUAAUGUACAAGCUGUUAAAAAAGCCAUGAGAGAUCACCGAUGUAAAGUUGGAACAUUAGAUACAUGGAUCAUUUGGAAUUUAACUGGAGGUAAAGAUAAUGGUCUUUAUAUAACAGAUGUUACAAAUGCAUCGAGAACAAUGCUCAUGAAUAUUGAGUCAUUAACUUGGGAUCCAACGUUAUGUAGAUACUUUGACAUUCCAAUGAAAUUAUUGCCUGACAUUAAAAGUAGCUCUGAAGUUUAUGGAAAAAUAACAGUUGGUCCACUCGAAGGAAUUCCAAUAUCUGGUAUAUUGGGUAAUCAACAGGCAGCAUUAGUAGGUCAAAAUUGUCUAAAAAAAGGACAAGCGAAAAAUACAUACAGAAGUGGUUGUUUUCUUCUCUGCAAUACUGGAACAACAAGAGUUGAUUCAUCACAUGGACUAGUGACAACAAUUGCAUAUAAAAUGGGUCCAAAUAGUCCAGUUCAUUAUGCACUUGAAGGUUCAGUUGCUGUUGCUGGAGCAGCAAUUAAAUGGUUACGUGAUAAUAUGCGUUUGAUUGAAGAUGUACAUGAAAGUGAACAUUUAGCACAAAGUGUAUUUAGUACUGGAGAUGUUUAUUUUGUUCCAGCUUUUAAUGGUUUAUAUGCACCAUACUGGAGAAGUGAUGCUAGAGGUAUUAUUUGUGGUCUAACUGCAUUUACAACAAAACAACAUAUUGUAAGAGCAUCAUUGGAAGCUGUUUGUUUUCAAACACGUGAUAUUCUUGAAUCAAUGAAUCAAGAUUGUGGAUAUCCAUUGACUAAAUUACAUACUGAUGGUAGAAUGUCAACCAACAGUUUGUUGAUGCAAUUGCAAGCUGAUUUAUCUGGAAUUCCAGUUUUUCGAUCAACAAUACCUGAUAUAACAGCACUUGGUGCUGCAAUGGCUGCUGGACAAGCUGAUGGUAUUGGAGUUUGGGAACUUGAAGGUGAAGAUGAAGUUGAAACUGUACCAACUGAUACUUAUCUUCCAACUACAACACCAGAAGAACGUGAUGGAAGAUAUAAAAAGUGGAAAAUGGCUGUACAAAGAAGUUUAGGCUGGGCAUCAGUUCAAAGAUCUGAAACCAUGACAGAUGAAAGAUAUCAAGUAUUAGCAUCAAUACCAGCCAGUUGGUUCGUCAUGACCUCAUUUGUAUUGUUGCGAUUGAGUUAUUACCUCGAAAAUCGGUGACAAAAUAAAUUAAAUUUAUUAAUCACCUAAUUAUCACGGACUAAAUGCCAAUAGAUUUAAAUCAAUGAAAGCUAUUUCACGAUAUUAUUAAUUAGAUAAAUAAUAGAAAUUAAUAAUAAUAAUCAUUUUGAAUUUCAAAUUAUUCAAAUGUAGAAAUAAAAUUUAAAGUGUCCAAUGUAAAUUAAUUAAAUGCGCGCACAUAUAUUUUAAUUUUUUAAUUUACAAUUAGAUAAAAAUAUUAUAUUGUUAUUUUUUAAAUAUUAUUAUUGCUUGCCCUUUUUUGUGCUCAAUACAAUGUAUUUUUAUUCAAUUUAUUAUUAUCAUAAGUAUUGUGAAAUUAUUUAUUUAAUUUUAACUCUGACAGAGUCUUUAAAAUAUCAAAAAAAAAAUGUAUAGUCUUCAAGGUACUUAAAUUGUUGAAAAUUAUUGUAAAACUUUGAAUGCCUUUUAUUUAUAUCGAGAUAAAUAUUCAAGAAUAAAAAAAAAAAAUAAGGCAGAUAAUAAAUUAAAAAAUAAUUGUUGAAUUUUAAUUUUUAUGUUGAUAAUUUUAUUGUAAUUUUACAAAUUUCAGAUAUCUUAGAUAAAAAAUCGAAAGCAUUUCUUUAAGUUUUCUUUUAAAAUAUUUUUUAAUAAAAAAAUGGAAUUAAA